AAGUCUUAGUAUCUGCUUCUGCCAUGGUUCUGGACUCUCUCAAAACUAUCAACGGAAGCUCAGCAAUAUCUUGUGAUACGAUAGCUUCACGUCUGACUGAACGCCUAGAAUCGCUCUCAUUUGAUGGGCCACUGGCAGAAGCGCUCCAAAAUGGCCAUUUUUACAAGAGCAACAAUGUAGGUAGCCCUCAUUGCAGUCUCGAAAUUGAGGUUCGUUUAGGCUUUAUACAGGAUUCUAGGAGUGAUCUGCGUUUCAGGCUACCACUGUUAUCUGAUACGCUUCUCUCUAAUCAUGCUCCUGUUAGAUUUGUUCCAGGGGUAUCAGAAGCCCAGUAUAAACAUGCUAAAUCACUCCUGACUGAGUUGUCUGGCGCGGAGAACCUAAAGGGGAACGAAUGGACCGUUCGGAAUAACGAGUGUACUCUAAACAGGUUCUUUGACAUUCCAGGGUUCGAUCAACCAAUUAGAAUUAGCACUAGUGUCGACUCUAAGGAUGGUAGAAGUCUAAAUAACAACUCUAGAGAAGCGAUACGAAAGGUAAAACUAUUAAGUUGGAACGUGAGCUCUAAAACUGCUUAUGAAAUUGAUAAUUUACAAGAGGAAGAAGAACAAGAGUACACUGAUAAUACCUUGGAUUACAGGAUAGCUGUUAAUCUAGAAUAUGAUGUUUCUCUAACAACGCUUCCAACCACAGCGCAUGCAAAAUAUUGCAGAAGGAAAAAGAGAGACAGCUUCGCACACAACUCAGCCGGCAUUAGAUUUGAUCUCACCCAAACUGAAGAGACUGGAGAUACACAAUUUUCUCAAAAGCAAGGCCAAUCAUACGAAAUUGAACUCGAACUUUCUGGAAAUACCGUGAUAGGCAUACUCACCAAUGAAAAGCUAUCGCCAAAUGACCGUUUGCUCAAACUUAAAUAUUAUUGUUCUGGGCUUGUUAGAACUACAAGAUAUAUAAGAGACUAUAUUACAACAAGGGGUGAUGACGUGUUAUCUGGAAAUACAAAUGUGAAUUCUUUUCACAACAAGCUCGGACUUGCCGACUUGAGAUUCGCGGUGCAAAGCGAUGAAUCAGCGGAUCGGUACAAAACAUUUGUAUCUCCCCAACUACCUCUCAUUGGAGAUUAUUUAUUCCGUACAGUCGCGUACGAUCAGGAGAAGGAUCCUAAGCUAUCACAUAAUUUGGAAUCUUAUAAGGAAAAGAUUGAGGAAAUACCUGGACCAUUUGUAGUAAAAGUUGACUCAACAGGUCAUAAAUAUGUCACCAAAGCAGAGAGAUAA